AUGGCGCAAAUUAACCUAAUGUCCCUAAAUGUGAGGGGACUUAACACCCCUGAAAAACACAGCAUGCUGGCCCAGGAGAUUGACAGACAGAGGGCAGACAUCACAUUCAUUCAAGAAACGCACUUCAGGGGGGAGGCACAGCCUAGAAUCAGAGCUAAACACCUCCAACAAUCCUACCAUAGCAACUAUAGGAAAAGCAAAUCUAGAGGGGUAGCGAUUUUAGUGAACACACGAGCGGCCCUCACAGACACCACUGUGAAGGCAGACCCAGGAGGGAGAUUCCUGUUUGUCAAAGGGAAAUGCCUAGGCACGCAGGUAACAUUGGCCAAUAUAUAUGCACCAAAUACAGAUCAGGGCUCAUUCGCCCGAUCAUGCUUAAACAAACUAGAGGCCUUCGCAGAAGGAAUGGUGAUCAUAGGGGGGGACUGGAACAUGGUAUUAGACCAUUCGAUAGACAGCACCACCCACACCAUGGACAAAAGGCGACACCAACGCACCCUACUGGCGAACGCUCUAUUUGCACACCAACUAAUGGAUUGCUGGCGCAUAACCCACCCACAAGACAGGGACUACACCUACACCACCUAA